AUGAUGAGCUCGGGAUUGUGUCGUUCUCUCGUGUCUUUGCUUGCCUUGGGCGGCAUCCCAUCCUUCUCUUGGGCUUCACCACUGAAGGUAGAUAUUGAUGCUCGUGCCGAUAGUUGGCCUUACGGACCGCUUGUCACAUCUGGCCGUGACAUAAAAAAUACGCGAGGUCAAAAUGUCGUCUAUGCAGGCACCAAUUGGCCGGGUCAUGGAGAAGUAAUGAUUCCGGACGGACUACGCUAUCAGUCUAUCGAGACUAUCGUCUCCAAGAUCAAGAGUGUAGGCAUGAAUGCGAUUCGCCUGACGUACGCCAUCCAGAUGAUAGACGAGAUCUAUAGCAAUAAUGGCAAGGAUACGACCGUGAAGGACUCGUUUACCAAGGCGCUCGGCCAGACAAACGGACCCAAAGUCUACAGCGAAUUUCUUGCGAAGAACCCUUCUUUCAACGAUAGUACUACUCGCCUUCAAGUUUUUGACGCCGUCGCCGCCGAGUGUGCAAAGCAAAAUAUUUUUGUUCACUUAGAUAACCACAUGUCCAAGGCUGCUUGGUGCUGCUCUACCAACGACGGCAACUCUUGGUUCGGGGACAGAGAUUAUAACGUGGAAAACUGGACUAGAGGUCUCUCGUAUAUGGCAAAUCACGGGAAGAACUGGCCGGCGCUGACAUCGAUGUCGCUACGUAACGAGCUUCGCAAACCCGACAGCAACCCUACGCUUAGCAGUCAAUCAUACAACUGGAGGGAUUGGUAUACCAACAUCAAGAAAGGAACAAGUGCGAUCAACUCAGCAAACCCGAAUUUGCUUAUCUUCCUUUCGGGUCUUGAUUUCGAUACUUACGUGACACCGGUAGUUCAGGGCACGGCGUUCACACCAGGAAGCGAUAAGUUCAAAGCGGCAGACUUCCAGGGCUAUACCAACAAGCUAGUGCUGGAGAUCCAUAACUACCAGAACAGCGCGAGCAACUGCAACAGUCUCAAGAGCUCGCUAUACAACAGCGGCUUCCAGGCGCUGCACGCAGACGACUCCAAGGCGGUUAACGUGUUCCCGGUGUUGCUGACCGAGUUCGGCUUCGAUAUGACGGGCAGCGCGUGGCAGGGAACGUAUGCGACUUGUAUCGCCAGCUAUCUGGCUGAGCAGAAGGCCGGAUGGUUUAUCUGGGUCAUCUCAGGUAGCUACUAUAUCCGCUCGGGAACACAGGACUUUGAAGAGACUUGGGGUCUCCUGAAGCAUGACUGGUCGGAUUGGAGAUCGUCUGCGUAUAUUGAGGGAGGAUUGAAGCCUCUUGUGAAGGCGACUGCGCAAGGAUGA